GUGCUGCGCCGCACUCGCGAGCGCAUCCUGCGCGUGGCGCCGCCAUUUGUGUUGCUUUAUCUGAUCUACACGUGGGGGAACCAGGAGUUUGAGCGGUCCAAAAGGAAGAAUCCAGCCAAGUACGCAAACGACAAGUGAGCAGCACACAUCUGGAUGACAGUUUCCUGCCUUUGAAAGACCCUUCUCUGGGAGAGGAGUCUACAUUGUGGUAUCUUGAAGACACAAUAAACUACUUACGGGCUUU